ACUCACUCACCUGUCAGAACCCGUAUCUGGGCAGGAAGCGGGGCCCCCGGGCCAGAGCGCGCCACCUCGGCACGCAGCCCUCCGGGUGCAAGGACUACGCGGCCAGAGAGGCACGUGUGGGGGCUGCCCCCAGGGUCUCCGCGCCCCAGCUCCUGGCUGGUCCCUUUCGCACCCGGGCACCCUCAGGCUGGCGCGCCCCGAAGGCCAACCGGAGCAGACGCCAGGGCUGCAGGUCUGAGACGCUCCGCCUCCUUCUGCCACUGAAAGCCACUAGCGCCCGCUGGAACCCUUACGGUCAGUCUUAAUCCGCGGUCACUUUCGGAACUUUCCAGGCAAGGACUAGCUAGGCCCUCUGCCUCCAACCCACGCCGAGCCCGUCGCCCGCCUGGGACACCUCCAGGACCGGGAGAUCCCGCUCUCCACGCCACCACCUCCCACCCCCGGCACCCCAACUUUUUACACGUGGUCUGCGCCCCGCGACUGGGUGUCCGGCUCCCGUGCUAAGGGGCGUGUGCAUCUUCCGGGCGCCGGCAGCGCUCCCAUCCUCUCGGCUGGCCCUCCUCCUCCCCAGGACCCGCUGUGGGGCUGGUCAGCCCGGAUCUGCAGGGCGCUCGGCUGUCCUAGCGCGCCGAACUCGCCCCCGCCUCCGAGUCCAUCCUCGAGGACGGGACUGAGCCUCAGGACGCCAGGCUUCUUACUCUAAAAGUCAAGGCGGCCUUGUCUGUUUUUUUCCCGAACGCGGGUGCCUGUCGCAGAUCGGCCGGGCGAGCGGCCCGCGGAGAAUCCGGGCGCCCCGGGACCGCGUCGCGCCGUCGGGUACAGCGCGCACCAUGGCCGGCUGCUGCUGCUUGUCGGCGGAGGAGAAGGAGUCGCAGCGCAUCAGCGCGGAGAUCGAGCGGCAGCUGCGCCGGGACAAGAAGGACGCGCGCCGCGAGUUCAAGCUGCUGCUGCUGGGAACUGGUGAAAGUGGCAAAAGCACCUUUAUCAAGCAAAUGAGAAUCAUCCAUGGGUCCGGUUAUAGCGAUGAAGAUAGAAAGGGGUUCACGAAGCUGGUUUACCAAAACAUAUUCACUGCCAUGCAAGCCAUGAUCCGAGCCAUGGACACUCUGAGGAUACAGUAUGUAUGUGAGCAGAACAAGGUAAAGUGCCUCAGGGGCAUUGGCCCUGCUUGCGGGUGCAUGCUUUCCUCCUCUAGAUAG